CCCAGUGCUAGUCUGAGGCCGUCGGCUUCCUCCGAAGCGCUUGGCGGUCUAUAAGCUGCUAAAUGUUUCUUUUUUUAUUUUGUAUUUACUACAGACAGCAGGAAAAUAGAUAUUAUUCGAGGACAGAAGUAUCAUUGUGGAGUGGAAAGGUCGAGGGAUACUCUUCUGUCGGAUUUGCCUCGGCGCUGUGGCACAUUUGUUCAGUACUUUAGCUCCAGAAGCUAGCGGUUGACGAGAGUGGAAGCAUCGGCACGAGCUGAUUUGACUUUGCUCCCAUGGAUGGCAAGAGUAUGAGCAUCUAAUCAACACUUGGUAUGGCUCCACUCUCGCCCUGACCUCUUGGUUCACCCAGGAUCCAAAAUGAGCAUAAGCAGUGAUGAGGUCAAUUUCCUGGUGUACAGAUACCUGCAGGAGUCAGGCUUCUUCCACUCAGCGUUCACCUUUGGCAUAGAGAGCCACAUCAGCCAGUCCAACAUCAAUGGAGCUUUGGUGCCCCCUGCUGCCCUCAUCUCCAUCAUCCAGAAAGGCCUGCAGUAUGUGGAGGCUGAAGUCAGCAUCAAUGAGGACGGUACGCUGUUUGAUGGACGACCGAUCGAGUCGCUGUCUUUGAUUGAUGCAGUGAUGCCAGACGUGGUGCAAACGAGGCAGCAGGUGUAUAAGGAUAAGCUGGCUCAGCAGCAAGCUGCCGCUGCCUCCAGCGCCACAGUGGCUGCCGCUGCCAAGAACGGAGAGAGCACGGCUAAUGGAGAAGAGAACGGAUCUCACACUCUGUCUAACCACCACUCAGACAUGAUGGAGGUGGACAGGGCGGUGGAGAUCCCAGCCAGUAAAGCCAUGGUGCUGCGGGGCCACGAGUCUGAGGUCUUCAUCUGUGCAUGGAACCCUGUCAGUGAUCUGCUGGCCUCUGGCUCUGGAGACUCAACCGCACGGAUCUGGAACCUGAGUGAGAGCAGCGUGGGAGGAUCCACUCAGCUGGUGCUGCGGCACUGCAUUCGGGAGGGGGGGCAGGAUGUACCCAGUAACAAAGACGUCACCUCACUGGACUGGAAUAGUGAAGGUACACUUCUUGCCACAGGAUCCUAUGAUGGCUUUGCCAGGAUAUGGACUAAAGAUGGUAAUCUUGCCAGUACACUGGGGCAGCACAAAGGUCCCAUAUUUGCUUUAAAGUGGAACAAGAAAGGAAAUUUUAUCCUCAGCGCUGGUGUUGAUAAGACCACCAUUAUUUGGGACGCACACACGGGAGAGGCCAAGCAACAAUUUCCAUUCCAUUCAGCUCCGGCUCUGGACGUGGACUGGCAGAGCAACAACACGUUUGCCUCCUGCAGCACAGACAUGUGCAUUCACGUGUGUAAACUGGGCCAGGACAGACCAGCCAAAACAUUCCAGGGCCACACAAAUGAAGUCAAUGCAAUCAAAUGGGAUCCAACGGGGAAUCUCUUGGCCUCCUGCUCUGAUGACAUGACGCUAAAGCUUUGGAGCAUGAAACAGGACACUUGUGUUCAUGACCUGCAAGCCCACAGUAAGGAGAUCUACACCAUCAAAUGGAGCCCAACUGGCCCUGGAACCAACAACCCCAAUGCCAACCUCAUGCUGGCCAGUGCGUCGUUUGAUUCAACGGUGCGUCUGUGGGACGCGGAGCAUGGUGCCUGCAUCCACACACUGACCAAACACCAGGAGCCCGUCUACAGCGUGGCAUUCAGUCCAGAUGGGCGGCACCUGGCCAGCGGUUCCUUCGACAAGUGUGUCCAUAUCUGGAACACGCAGAGUGGUGCUUUAGUCAACAGCUACAGAGGGACGGGGGGGAUUUUUGAAGUAUGCUGGAACUCCACUGGAGACAAAGUGGGCGCAAGUGCAUCAGAUGGAUCGGUUUGUGUAUUAGAUCUAAGGAAAUGACGCUGCCGCUGGGAAGCCAUGGACCGACUAUGAAUGUGUGCAUAGCCAAAUUUACCAACUGUCCCUGGCCCAUCAUCAUCCACUGCUGUAGUCCACGCGUGAGGCGCCAGACCAGCGGUCCCUCAGCUCCAUCACAACGCGGACCCGUGACGCUUACCACACACACAAAAUCAGCGUGUCUGAGAACUGUUAUAUACAGACACGCUGGACACAUGAGAAAUACACACACCCACACACGCCUCAUUAGUUCCUGUGUUCAUCAUUCAAAACCCAGAGGGCUGAGGUCCACGCCGCUGUCGUGAGCAUAUUGUACACGUCAGUGCUUCAGUGACCGUUUAGGUGUAACUGCAUGAGCUAAAGAGCAGAGCUGUUGAAUGUGGCCAACUCGUGGCCAUACGAUAUCGACAAUUCGGUGUAUUAGCACUGUACAUUUAGUGGCUCUGUGACUUUGGAACUGUUCUCCAAAAAUGCUCAAGGAUUUUUUUUUUUUAAAUACAGAGUUAUAAGAGUACAGAAAGCCUAUUAAAUUACUCAACUAUAUUUUCGAAAACGAAUGCCCUGCGUUAUUUUGUACAACCUAUGCAACUUUGUGGUAAGACAAAACUGAACUUGCAGUGCAUGAAUGGGUGAAACUCAUAGGUGAAGCCUGUACUUUUAAAAUGUCUGAUAAACCCACCCUAAAAACUCAACGGCACAUUCACUGUCGCUGUUACAGAA